UUACCUGUCUCCAGCGAUGGCUUCCUUUCCCAGCCCAAGGGAUUCUCCACCAAGGCGAUACACGUUGGACAGGAUGCGGAGCAGUGGACCAGCAUGGCCGUUGUACCACCGAUCAGCAUGAGCACCACGUUCAAGCAAUCCGGCCCCGGACAACAUGCAGGCUUCGAGUAUGGCCGCAGUGGUAAUCCGACGCGCGACGUACUGGAACGUUGCAUUGCUUCGCUUGACAAUGGCCAGUACGGUCUGACGUUCUCGUCCGGGCUGGGUGCAACGACCACGAUCAUUACGAUGCUUCAGAACGGUGAUCAUAUCGUUGCCGGCGACGAUCUGUACGGUGGCACCAACCGGCUGCUGCGUAACGUUGCGUUGAAGAUGGGAAUUGAGGUUGAUUUUGUCGAUCUUACCAACCUGCAGCUAGUGGAGCAAGCGAUCAAACCGAACACGAAGCUGUUCUGGAUGGAGACGCCAACGAACCCGCUGCUGAAGGUGAUCGAUAUCCGUGCGGUGUCGGAGAUUGCUCACAAGCAAACGGGUAUUGUUGUAGUUGUGGACAAUACAUUCCUGUCAUCGUAUCUUCAGCGCCCACUAGAUCUUGGCGCAGAUGUAGUGAUGUACUCGCUCACCAAGUACAUGAACGGUCACUCGGACGUCAUCAUGGGUGCCAUGGUUACCAACGACGAGCAGGUGUACGAUCGUUUGAAGUUCUUGCAAAACGCUGCCGGUAUUGUGCCUUCGCCAUUCGAUUGCUAUCUGGUUAACCGUAGCUUGAAAACACUCGCCCUUCGCAUGGAACGUCACAAGACCAAUUCGCUCACAAUUGCUAAAUUCCUGGAAACUCACCCAAAGGUGGAAAAGGUCCUACACCCAGGGCUGGAGAGUCAUCCCCAGCAUGAACUAGCCAAGCGUCAAACGUACGGACACAGUGGCAUCAUGUCGUUCUAUAUCCGCGGCGGUUUGGAAGAGUCCAGCAACUUCCUGAAAGCACUGCAGGUGUUUACGCUCGCCGAAAGUCUCGGUGGGUACGAAAGUUUGGCCGAACUACCGUCCGUAAUGACGCACGCUUCCGUCCCGUUGGCACAACGGCAAGUGUUGGGUAUUACGGAUGGGUUGGUACGACUUUCGGUCGGGCUGGAGGAUGUCGAUGAUCUGAUUGCGGACUUAAAGCAAGCAUUGGAAAAGGCAUAA